AUGGACUGCAUAAAACCAACCACACCACCAGCGAACACCCCUCAGCCCAGAACACCCGCCAGCCGAUGGCCACCCACACAUCCACCCACCGCUCGCUCAGCUUCGGACAGCCUGCCGCUGGCCAUGGCCACCCCCACCACCCCCGCGCCGAGCGAGCAACCGACAGCGACACAACUCUCCGCCAGUCUGCCCGAACCACUCCCUGUAUCCAGCAUGAACCACCCCAAACGCUCGCUGAUCCUCUCCAGGAAGCUCCAGCAGAUCUUCCAGCUGCCCCCCGACGAGGAACUGCUCGCCGAAUACCCCGCAUGGCUCUUCCGCUCGCUCCUCCUCAAGGGCUACCUCUACCUCACCUCAGCCCACCUCUGCUUCUACGCCUUCCUCAGGUCCAACGAGCGCGAGGCAGACGACGACCCCGAAUCAGCCCUCAAAGCGGGCAUCCUCACCCGCCACCACUCCCGCAGCAAGCUCGACCAGCGCCAGGCAUCCAAGAAGAGCUGGUUCAUCCUCAAGAACACCAUCCUCUCAUGGUACCCAUCCAGCCACGAGCUCUUCUUCCCCACCGGCCAGAUCGACCUGCACUUCUGCACCAAGCUCGAACAACCCAACCCCAACUCCAAAAACCCCAACCAGUUCAAGCUCUUCGUCUCCGGGAAAGUCUACACCUUCUCCAGCGAUACCCAGCAGUCCAGAGACGACUGGCUCAAGCUGCUCCAGCAGACCAUCUUCGCAUGCCAACACGACGGCCAGAACGUCAAGAUCGCCAUCCCCCUCAGCGCCAUCGAGAACAUCCAGAAGUGCGACUCGAUCCAGUUUGCCCAGACCGUAUGCAUCAAGAUCAAGGAGAACGCCCCCGCCAUACCCUUCGCCCCAAACAGCCAAGCCAUCCAAGAAGAAAUCGGCGACAGCUCACUCGUCGACUACUUCUUCGGCUUCCUACAAGACUCCCAAACCCCCUACGAACAACUCAAGGCUGCACUCGAUCCAAUCAGAGACUCCACUCGCUUCAGACUCCCCAGCACCCCGCUCCCCAAGCCCGGCGAAGAUUACUUUGCGAGCUCAGCCCCCACUCCGCUCUCUCGCUCGGGAAGCCAACUCAUGGCCUCAUCACCAUCCGAUUACUACUCAGAAGAACGCAAGACCAAGUUCACCGACAAGAUCACCAAGAUCGCCAGCACAAGCAUCAAGUUCGUCGGCAGUCCCAUCCGACCGGCAACCAACAACACCGUCAAGAACGUACCCGUGACGCUGAACCCGAUCAAGCCUGCCAAGGACGUGAUCAACUCGGCCAAGGGCCUCAUGGCCUCUGCACAAGACGCGUCCGCGUCUACUUCGGCCACCAAGAAGGAUCCUCCCACCCAAUCGCAAAGCGUUGAUAAGCUGUCGGAUGAGGAGGGCACCGGUGAAGCCCAACUGACACAGCGAGACCAAUUCAAGUUCCAGAGCGAGUUCAACUUCCUCACCCCGGGCGUGGUCUCCUCCAAUUCGGCUAAUCCCGAAGGCUUGAUCCGUCUGUUACUCAAGACCAAGUGCAAUCUUGUCCGGAGCGGCUCGUCGAUGUACGGCCAGGUUUAUCUCGCCAGUCCGGUCCCCCCAGCCCCAUCGUCCAAGCAAAAGACGGCCCGCAAGAGCUGUGUGUGUUUCAAGGGGCAGAAGGUGAUGAGCAUUGCGCCGAUCAAGAUGAUCUUGCCCAUCGAGGCCCUCACCGCCGUCCGCUCCGACGCUCUCAAGCUUUUUCUGACUACCCAGCCAACUGACGCCUUGGUCGGCCAGGAAGAAGUCUGCUUCGAAUUCGCCAACCCCGAGCAGAUCAAAGCCGUCCACGACGAGAUCCUCCGGAUGGUCGAAUCAUCCAGCUCGUCGUUUCUGACGUUCAAGCCCCAAUCCAAGCUGCACAUCACUUGUCUGACCAUCGGCUCACGGGGGGACGUGCAGCCGUACAUAGCACUGUGCCAGAAGCUGCAGCGAGACGGCCACACCUGUCGGAUCGCCUCGCACGGAGAGUACCGGACAUGGGUGGAGGGCUAUGGGAUCGAGUAUGUGGAGAUCGGGGGCGACCCGGCCGAGCUGAUGAAGAUCUGUGUCGACAACGGCAUGUUCACGCUCGGCUUCCUCAAGGAGGCCUUCUCCAAGUUCCGCGGCUGGCUCGACGAGCUCCUCGUCUCCUCCUUCGACGCCUGUCAGGGAACCGACCUCCUCAUCGAGUCCCCCUCCACCAUGGCCGGCAUCCAUAUCGCCGAGGCACUCCAGAUCCCCUACUUCAGAGCUUUCACUAUGCCCUGGACCCGCACCAAGGAAUACCCGCAUGCCUUUGCCGUGCCUGACAGGAAGAUGGGAAGCGGAUACAACUACAUGACAUACACGGUGUUUGAUCAAGUGUUUUGGAAAGCGAUGUCGGGGCAGGUGAAUAAAUGGAGGAAGGAGAAGCUCGGCCUCCGGUCGACGACCUACGAGAAGCUGGAAGUCCACAAGGUCCCGUUCCUCUACAACUUCAGUCCGAGCAUCGUCCCUGCGCCCUUGGAUUGGUACGAAUGGAUCCACGUCACCGGGUACUGGUUCAUCGACGAACACGACCCCAACAAGCUCUCUCAACAACAACCUCCGCCCGUCCAGGUCGACUCCCCCACUUCCGAGCCUACCAUCACGCAAUCUUCUUCCCAGAAAUCUUCCUGGGACGCCCCGCCUGACUUGCUCGCCUUCUUGGACCGCGCUCACAGCCAGAACAAGAAAGUGGUUUACAUCGGAUUCGGAUCGAUUGUUGUUCCUGAUCCAGAGGCGACGACCAAGGUGAUCAUCGAGUCGGUGAAAACGGCGGGCGUGUAUGCGAUAGUGUCCAAAGGAUGGUCGGAGCGGCUCUCGAGUGGGACAGCAGGAAAGAAGGGGAAGCGGGCGAACACCUCUGAAGAGGAGGGAAUGGCGGAAGAGGAAGACCUCUCGAUGGUAUACCAGAUCGCGGCGAUUCCGCACGACUGGCUGUUCCCGCGGAUCGAUGCGGUAUGUCACCACGGCGGCUCAGGGACGACGGGUGCGAGUCUGCGGGCGGGGAUCCCGACGAUCAUCAAGCCGUUCUUCGGCGACCAGUUCUUCUGGGCCGAGCGGGUCGAGAGCCUCGGCAUCGGCGCUGGCCUCCGCAAGCUCUCCGUCAAGACCCUCGCCUCCGCCCUCACCCUCGCCACCUCCGACCCCACCCAGAUCUCCCGCGCUCGGAUCGUCGGCCAGCUUAUCCGCAACGAGGACGGCGCUGGAAAGGCUGUCGAGUGCAUCUACCGCGACCUCGACUACGCUCGCUCGUUGAUCAAGCCACGACCCGCACCCCAGGCCCCCCAGCCGCAGCCCCACACGAUCUCGAGGCCGUCUCCGAAGGGCCAGACGGGGUCUCCACAUGCAGCGCGGGCGAGCGGGGAGGGCACCAGUGAGGGCUCGGAGGCCAACGCCUCCAGCCUCCUCCUCAUGUCCGCCCACUCGUCGGGCUCCGACGACCCCGACCGUCAGCCGGACACGCUCCCGGCGAGCGGCUCCUCGUCCGGUGCCGCCUUCUUCGACUGCGCCCAUCCCCCGUCCAGCGCCCUCACCCUCGUCCCCCACCACCCCACCCCCUCCACAUCCCCCGCUGCGGAUGGCCCUUCGGAGGACACAACGGCUCGGCCUGAGGCCGGCCCGCACGCCCUGCUGGGCCAGAGGAGCGACACCACUAUCGGGCCCACCGCCGACCCCGUCCCUGGCACUCGCCGGCCGCCGGCGGCCAAGGGCAAGCAGAAAGCCCUCCCCGCGGACGAUGAAGAUGUCGAGCGGGCGGGCGAGGUGUCAACGACGAAGAGCUCCGCCCCGACGCCCCCCGACGAACACCGCUCCUCCGCCUCCGACGCCUCCGAGGCCUCCUGGGACAUCCUCUCCCAGCAGUCGAAGCCCGACCCCGACCCCGCUGCCGCCGCCGACCUGUCGGCCUCCUUUGACCAGUUCUGA